AUAUUGAUAACCUGAACAAUGCUUCUUCGUUAAUGAAAGAUCUUAAUUAUUGUUUAAAUAUUAAGUUCAUAUCUAUUAAUUCAUAUGAUUUCAGUAAAAUUUAAUGUGUUUUUUCAUUAUUUUUAAUAGCAUCAUCUGAUAACAUAAUAUAGUUUUAACUUAGGUGAAUAUUCAUUAUUUUGCGUGUGAUAGUGGAAUGAUUAUUUCAUCAAUCAAAUGAGCUGUAACGCGAACUAAAAGAACUAAUAAGCUGAUCGAAACUAGUUUUCAACUUAUUCUAAUUAAUUUAAAGGUUAGUCAAGUAUAGACAAAGCACCUCAUAAUCAUUACUGUGUUUCGAACAUGUGUCUCAAUUUCAUUUUGAACUUCUGACAGAUUGGUCGUCAUAAUUGACGUAGUGUCGUUUGUUCAUGUUUUUAUUUUUUAUUAAACAAUUCAGUUACUUUACAAAUUGUAUUACAGAUCAUUCGAUAUUCCUCAAAAUUAUCAGGAAGAAGUUUAACUCUACGUUGCCUUUACUACAUUAAGAGAUUUCUGCUUGAGAUGGAUGAGGAAUAUGUAGUCAAAGAUACCUGUGGGUAUGAUUCCGCGGAUGAAAAUAGUCCUCCUACCAGACGCAGUGUUGAGAUGGACCUCGUUGCAUAUGAUUCAUCGCCCCGUUCUAAUGGGUCUUAUUUUAGUGCUAAUAACGAUAACAAUGUAGAAUCUGGCGAUAUUAAAACAAAUUUGCUGAAAAUUCAGGAUAGAGAUAAAAGUAAGGAGCGUAGUCGUAGCCGUGAAUACAAUCAUAAAAAUAAGCGUGAUCGGAGCUCAAGCAGACACAAGAGCAAGAGACGAAGUAAGCAUAAGAAACAUCAUAGGUCUAGAAGUAGAAGUAGAUCUAGAUCUAGAUCUAGAACUCCAAGGCGUCGAAGCCGUUAUUCUCCCGGGGAACGUGAUUCGCAAACAAGCCAGUAUAGUAGUGAUGAUGAGCGUCGCAAACGACGUUCAAGGAGUACUGAUGGUUCAGAUGGCCAUAGAGUAAGAAAUAUUUAUUCAGACCAAUCGUCUAGUAAUCGCCGCUAUCAUGAUACCGUUGAUACAAGAAGGAAUCAUGACUCGUCUCACGAAUAUUACCGCGAAGAAGAUUUCGAUAGAUAUACAUUUAAAAAGCAAAUACCAAAUAAAACUAUUAUUAUUCGUGGGUUAGCCCCCCAUAUUUCUGAAAGUGAUAUUAGAAAAGAAAUAUUAAAGUGUGGACUAACACCAGUUGAUAUUAGGCUAAUCAGAAAAAAAGAUACUGGAUCAUCUCGUGGGUUCGCAUUUGUAGAAUUUUUCACCAAAGCCGAAGCAGAAACGCUUAUGGAAUCUAAACAAGGGGAACUGAUGUUAAGGGACAGUUUUCGUGCAAUAAUGCAAUAUACUAUUUCAAAAAUUGAUCCUGAAAAAAUGCUAUCUGAUUGGUGGUGUAAAUGUAAUGCUCAUAAUUUUAAACGUCGAGAGAGUUGCUUUGUUUGUGGUGCUUCCAGAGAAAGUGGUGAAAUUUUUGAUCAUUCCAAAGAAGUUAGCUCAUUCCCUACGCACACAGUCUUAUUAAGAGGGUUAGAUCUUUCGACAACCGAAGAAAAUGUUUUGAAAGCUAUUCAAACUCUAUCUACAUUGCCAAUUCGUAGUGUGAGAAUCGGUCGUAAUCACGUCACCAAUGUGUCUAAGGGUAUUUGUUAUUUGGAAAUGAAUAAUGUCGUGGAUGCCAUGUAUCUCCAUAAUGCGUUAGUUGUCGAAGAUCCGUUAUUAAUUGAUGGAAAAGAGGUGCUUGUUUCAUACUGUAAAUUAACACCUGUUGGUCCGAUAGCUACAGCUUCGAUGGGAAACGCUGCAGUUGAAGCGGCUAAAUGGAGUAACCAAAAACCAGAAACACCUAGUUAUACAGCUGCGGAUAUUCCUAAGCUUGCGGAGUACAGUGCAAACAUGUACGCCAAAACUCCAGCUGAACGUACAUCAUAUAUUCAAUAUUAUACUAAUUAUUUUAUGGAAAAAAUUCAAAAAGGUGAAUCUAUAACUCUUCCAACAAUUUCAUCAGUUACACCUUCUAUGCAAGUAGGUGCAAUUAUGAUGCCGCAAAUAGUACCGAUAAUGCCUGUAGGUAUAGUCAAACCUAUUGUACCAUUAGGUAAUCCACCUUCUGGUAAAGGAGACACAACGUAUCCUUUGCCUGAUGUAUCUACUUAUCAAUACGAUAGUACAUCUGGAUAUUAUUAUGACCCAUACACAAAACUUUACUAUGAUGCUAACUCUCAAUAUUAUUUUAAUCCAUCUACUAAUAAUUACCUUUAUUGGGACAGUACGAAAAGUUCAUAUUUAUUAGCACCAACGAACGACAAAAAUGGUGCUAGCGGAGAAUCUACUAAAGAAGACGCACCAACUGAAGAAAAGACUAAAGAUGACGACAAAGUGAAAGUUGCAAAACGAAUAGCAAAAGAUAUGGAAAAGUGGGCUAAAACUUUGAACCAAAAAAAAGUUAAUGCAAAACAGAACAUUGUAUCUGCCCAAGUAGCGACUCAAGCAGCCAAAAUGCAAGCCGCUGCAGAUAUAGGUUAUAGUGUAUUAGGCACUAAAGUUGAAAAACGUUCUGCGCCUGUUAUAGUUCCAACCACUCCAGCACCUGUCGAAGAAACUAGUGACAACGAUAAUGAUGUUAUAGAAGAAGCGAAUCGUAAUGAAGAUGAACAACAUACUGACUGGAACAAACUUGCUUGUUUACUGUGUAAGAGACAAUUUGGCAGCAAAGAAAUACUAAUUAAACAUCAACAGAUGUCUGACUUGCACAAACAGAAUCUGAAAAAUUGGUAUAAAGAAAGAGGAUUAGAUCCUGACGAUGAAUUCAAACGUGUUAUUCAGUAUAGAGAUAGAGCUAAAGAAAGGCGAAUGAAGUACAAUGAACCAGAUAAACCGGUUAAUCAUUUAAAAGAUAAGUACAUGAAAGCUAAAGAAGCUAAUGUAGAUUACGAACAACCUACUAAAAUGGGUAUCGGAUCUGAUAAUAAAGGUAACAAAUUGUUACAAAAAAUGGGAUGGCAAGAAGGAAUGGGUUUGGGAAAAACGAAUCAAGGUCGUACAACAAUUAUAGAAGCAGAAGGAAGACUAGCGAAUGCCGGGCUUGGUACUAGGGCAGUAGGCGUGGUUCCUGGUCCACGUGAAACAUACAAAGAUUGUGUUAAGAAAAUGAUGCGGUAUAGGUAUAAUGAAUCAGAUUAAGAUUUUUUUUAUUAAUAUGGUUAUUCAUAUAGUGACUUACUUAAUUUUUGUUAUUGUAUAAUAUAUCUUUAAAUUUAUAUUAUAUUUUUUCACAGUACUUCAUUUUAACUUAAAUGUUAAAUUAUGUUAUAAAAUUAAACUUUUUAGUAGAAAUUAAACAUUAUAAUAAUAGUAUAUUGUUCUAUAGUACAAUGUAAUAUGGCACUUAUAUUAAUGUAGACUAUUACCUAUUGACAAAUAAAUUCAAUCAAUAAAUUAGUAAAUAGUUAGUAAUCACUGUGUAACAUUGAAUUUUUCAUGUAAAAAUUUUAAAUGUAAUGUGUUCAUUUAACAGAAAAUUUUUUUUUUAUUGAGAUCAAAUUCCUAAAGUUGUAAUAUUUUUUUGUAAAUAAUGCAUAGAUUAUGUCUAAUGUAA